AUCGAAACGUCAAAUGUGACUUAAGAAUGUUAGGUUAGAAGUCUGGUUUUUGUAAAAUUACGAACUAUCGCAGGCGAUAAUAUUUAGCUUUUUGACGAGACUUAGACGACGAAAAUGUCAACUUUGGAGUAUUCGGAAGCACCCUCAACACAGGGAAUAUCAUCAUGGAAAAACGCGCACAAUUGUAAACUAUGUCCAUACUUUACAAAAUCGUUGUUUCGUAUGACGAACCACGUGAGGCGACACCGUGCAUCUCUGGAAAAAUUUACAUGCGACAAAUUCGAAUUUUAUUACUGUAAAGAGUGUGAAUUUCAAACUGAAUUUACAGUUUUGUUCAAACAACACAUCAAUAAAUAUCAUGGUCUUAAAAGAGAAUUAUCAAGCGAGGAUUUCCACAUACAAAAGUACGUUUGCGAAAAAUGCAACUUCGAAACAAAUUUCUCGUUGAAGUGGGUUAAGCAUAGUCUGACUUGCCUGGGAACAAAGGGCAAGGAAGAAUCCGCAUAUCAUCCCUAUUUUAAGCAAACUCACGAAAAACGUUGGUACUACUGUACGAAAUGUUCCUACAGAGCUAAAGUCAAAUAUACCCUAAAACGUCAUACGGAAAGUCGCCAUUUGAACGAACGAUUUGCAUGCAACAAGUGUCCAUAUGAAUGCGAAUAUAAAGAAGAUUUAAAAAUCCACGUAAAAACGAACCACUCAGACGAACAAGACGUUACAUGGCACGAAUGCAAAAAGUGUCCUUUUAAAACUAGGUGGAAAAGAAAUUUAAAUAUCCACAUAAGCGAAAAACACGUAGAUGCGGAAAAAAUUAAGUGGUACGAAUGUAAAAGUUGCCCCUUCAAAACUAAAUGGGUAUCAAAUUUAAGAAAACACGUAAUUUGUCAACACACCAAAGAAGACGAAAUUAAGUGGUAUGAGUGUGAGAGCUGUUCAUACAAAAGUAAAAAAAAACAAAACUUAAAAGAUCAUGUAACUGUUCACCAUUCAGACGCCAAAUCCUUUCAAUGCAAAUAUUGUGCAUAUAAUACUAAAUUGAAAAGUUAUUUAAACGAUCACAUCAACAAUCGCCACUCAGACGGAAACGAUUUCUACGAAUGCGACAAGUGUCUAUUUAAAAGUAAACGUAAAUCUGAUUUAAAAGUCCACAUAAAUUGCAUCCAUUUAGACGAACAAGACGUUAAAUGGUUCCAGUGUGAGCAAUGUCCACUUAGAACUAAAUUCAAAGGCCAUUUAAACAGACACGUGAAUACAAUGCACGACGCAGACAUUAAGUGGUACGAAUGCGAACAUUGUCCGUUUAAAACUAAGCACAAAUCGUCUUUGAAGCCACACAUGACCGUGAAACAUCUAAACGAAGAAGAAAUUCAGUGGUACGAAUGCGAAAAGUGCCCGUUCAAAACUAAGCUGUUGUCGAGUUUGAAAAAUCACGUGGUUUGUCGACAUUUGGAUGAAGAAGAUAGGUGGUACGAAUGUACGGGGUGUGCGUAUAAAACUAAACGGAAAGAUAAAUUGAAGGAUCAUAUAACUGUCCAUCAUUUGGAUGUCAAGUCGUUUGAGUGCGAAUUUUGUCCGUAUAAGGCUAAAUUGAAGCGUUAUUUGAACUGUCAUGUGAACACGUGUCAUUCGGAUGGGAAGGGGGUUAAGUGGUACAAGUGCGACAAGUGUCCUUUUAGAAGUAAAAUUAGUUCGGCGUUAAAUAAGCACAUGAGUGUUAAACAUUGAUGCAAAUGUUGUUUAUUUGAAAAUUGAGAAAAUUUAAUUGAUGAAUAUUCCAUCACCUGGUUCAUAAAGCCCACUGCAAAAUCUUCAUUUCCAAG